AGACUUUGAAUAAAGUAAAAAAACAACAACAAUUUUCCUCAUGGCUUAAUAGAAAAUUUAUUAGAUUUACAUACAGAUCUCUAAAAGGUCUGUAGAGUCGAUCACAAGUUCUUCAACUUAAUUAACAAGUUGCUGUCAAAAUAGUCUCGCAUUUCUGGACCUUUUCCGGCGCGCACGUGUUCACCGCCACUGCCCUGCAAACUUCUCGACAAAUGGGACGACAUACGAUUGGAACAUCCUUGCAAACAUUUUCAAAAUAGCAUUGAUUCACCGGCACCGAUACACAUUGUUCCUUCGGCACAUCCCAACAACCGUCGUCAUAACCCAGAACUACAUUUUUAAGACUUCUCAAAAGCUCCUCUUUGAGGAUGGAUUGGACCGAGGUCGAUGGAUCGCGAGAUUCAACUGGAUCUUGAAUAAUUUUGGGACAUUCACGACCAACGAUCGUGGUGCAUCGUUCCACAUUUUGGAUUGCACAAUGGCGCUUUUGCGUGCACUUUGGUCGGGUGGAGCCUGGCACACAGUUCGGCUCGGGCCGGCAAUUGGUCUUGCAUUUGGGAACCACUUUGUUUUGACAAACUGUCUCCUGAACCGGAUAACAUUUGUAAACCCUCUUGGGAGCGCAUGGGUCUUCCUCGUUGCUUAGGCAGUCCAAACCAGAACAUGAUUUAGCCGUCGAGUGUUGCACCAUGAAGAACACCACAAGAAAAGGGAAGAUUGGCAGAGAUUUUGUCAUGAUAACAAAUCGGCACCAAUUCUGAUAUCCGAUGUCUAAGUCAGUUAGCUGUUUCAUCAAACUUGAUUUGCAUAUUUUUGGAAGGGAAAAAACUCUCUUUGGUGGAGGAACACUCGCGAUAAGUGCUCAAAAAAAGAAAAUUUCAAGCGUUCAGAAAGUAUUAGAGGUUCAGUGAGUAAGGUCAUGUACUUAGCGGAAAUGGAUCUUCCAAUAUUACAUAUUUUUUGCCAAUAUGUUUCCAAAGUUUAUUUUCACUUCAAAAGGCCACUGUGAACUGCUCUUCAAAUGGUCACAAUCCUACUGGUGGAGUAAUUUUGUACAUAUGUUUAUCAACCUGAAAGUCCCCAACAGUGCGAGGUAUCAAUACGCAUACGAACUUUACACAAGUGUUCCAUGGAUUAGCGUGGAGCGCUAUUUUAAACUGAGUGCCAGACGUCAAGAGAAACCACCAUUUAGUUAUAUUGCCAUGAUCGUGAUGGCCAUCCAAUCGGUACCCGUCAAACGAAUGACACUUAGUGAGAUCUAUCAUUAUCUCCAAAAGAGAUUUUCCUUUUUCAGGGGGCCUUACCAGGGUUGGAAGAAUUCGGUUCGCCACAAUCUCAGUCUCAACGAGUGUUUCGUGAAAUUGCCUAAGGCUUUAGGUCGGCCCGGCAAGGGUCAUUACUGGACCAUCGACCCCGAUCAAGAGUUCAUGUUCGAGGAGGCCUCUUGUCGAAGAAGACCACGUGGUUUCCGUAAGAAGAAUCUGCGCCCUCGCUACCACGGCUAUUCAAUGCCCAAUGGAGGUGCUAUGACACCUAAUGCCAUGAACUCCCCGUCUCAAGUCAACUCUUUAUUAGCGGACCCGGCAGGCGCGAGUGCGGCUGCAGCGGCCACUUUGGGCCUCAUGACGCCGGUGUCGUCAGCCUCGUUCCAGCGCCAUUAUGACGCUAUGGGCGGGCUGUCAUCGCCAGAUUUUGGCACUGUUGCCUCCGCUCUCACGUCUUCAGCGGGAAAUAACGGCUUACUGCCUUCGUCAUCUAGUCAGACCAGUGGCAAUCCAUCAUAUUUCUCGUAUGCAACGGGGACGGCCACCAACGGCAAUAACGCCAACAAUAAUAACAACAUUCUGGGCCCAUCUUACAAUGGCCAUAUGGGAACCUAUGCCCAUGCCUAUCCCACCUGUCCUCUCACACCACCAAAUCCCAGUAUUGAUUAUCUGUACGCCAAUGAACGCGAUUCGGCCUAUCAAAUAGGGAACCCGAACUCGUUGCGAUCGGCGUCAUCUGAAACAGUGUAUUUGGCGUGUUCCCCUUCCACGGCGUCAUACUCGAUGGGCUCGCCUCUUAGGGGUGGAGAUGGGGGUCAGAUCCAUCUGGAACAGUCUGCUUGGUCUACGGGAGGCUACCAUCCCUCCAGCAUGGUAGCUUCUUCACCCUCCUCCAUGAACAGCACGCACAUGACGGAUGCCCAAUAUGUAACUGCAUUUGCCACCAUUAGUGAUCCAGACUUUCAAAUUCCAGCCAGCUUCCGGAAUGAUGCCAAGUUAGGACCUGCCAUGACUCCAGUAUACCUUGAGCCCAAACAAGAAAGCUACGUCCAUUCAGGUCACUUGGCAACUCAUGAAGCCAGCCAUGUGCUUGAUCAUCAUCAGCAUCAUCACCACCAUCACCAACAUCAACCCCAACAUCAGACACAGCAACAUAACCCGCAUCCGCAUCAGCUUCAACCGUCUUGUCCGGAAGGUUUAGACGACCAGGAGGCAAAAAUGGUAUCCCCACCCACGGUUGAUUCCCCACCCCAUUCAGAUAUCAAUUCUAUUGGGAACCCCCACAAUCACGAAAAUCUCAGUUCUUCCAUCUAUGAGCAAGGUGCCUUAAUUUGAGGCCAAUUGCUAAUUGCGAACUCUUGCCAAUGUUUAAAUAAUACUCAAAAAUACGUAAAAUUAGUCCAAGGGUAGAUGUGACGGCCAAAUUUCAUAAGUUGAUGCCUACGAACACCAGAUCCCCGGAUUGAUUAUGCUUCCAUUAAAUGUGCUUACUGUUUUCAUGUAUUUUAACCGCAAUCAAAAUGUAUUAUCACCAUGUCA